UCCAGCAUGUCUGCCCUCGUCAGCAGCGUUUUCAGCAAUAUUCCAACCGCCUCGACUUCUUUCCUCAUUCUUUCAAGUACCCCCCCAACAUGAAAAACAAAAGCGAAUCAACCUCGGCUACUACAGGGACAGCGACGCAAAUGAUUCCUACAAUGGACGAGAGAGGUGUCAACACCGAUCCAGAUUGGGAAAACAAGAUGAGGUUUCUAGAAGAGGAGACCCAACUCUUGACACAAGAGUAUGAUGACAUCCGACAACAGCACGAGACUCAAACCAAAGAACACAAGAAGAAGGUCAAAAACCUACAACAGAUGAUCGCUGAUAAGAAAUCUCAGCAUCAGAUGCUUCUGGACAAAUUAGGUUCUCUUCAUCUGAAACUGGAACAUAGCAACAGAAAGGCACACCAGAAGAAAUUCCUUGCCAAAAAAGAAGCACUUCUCACAGAGUUGAAAACAAUAGAGACCAAAGGGAAAAGUUUGACAGACGAGUUGGAGGCCAAGAGGGAAGCACUGCGCAUACUGGAGGAAGAGCACGAAGCAGAGAAAGAAACGUUGCAGAGCGAGAUUACUGAUCUCCGGAGCGAGAGAGACAACCUAAAGAAGGAGCUGGAGGAGGGGGACGGAAAUGCAGUGAAGGAAGAGAUCGCUGCCCUGGAGCUGCAGAGAGAGGUGUACAUGAGUGAACUGGGGGAGUGGCUUGCGGAAGCAGAGAAGCAUAUCAAGUCACUAAGGAUGAACACAAUGCCGGAGUUCCUGCAUCAGAGUCUGGAGUGGGAGAGGAAGAUGGCUGCCAUGCGAAACACCAUGUCCAACCUUCAGGAGCAGUUCAACAAGAUGAUCUCACAGAUUCGAAAUGGUCAAACUCUGGAGGAUCUUCCAACGGUCAGCAUGCCCCAUCUACCAGAGAUACCACUGUUGCUGUACUUCAGCCAGCCAAUCCACCCCGCCCCGAUGACUACGAUGCCCCCCCACCCCGGCCUCUUCCCCGGCCGCCCGCCGCCCCAGAGGCCUCCGUUCCUCUCGGGGCCUCCCCUGAUGCCCCCCCACCCUGGCCUUCUGCCCACGCCCAUAGCCAGGCCGCCCCCUCCAGGCAUCCCGCACCGCCCCAUAUACCCCCCCCACCACCACCACCAGCCAGCGCUCCAGCCUCCCCACCGGGGCAUGCCGCCCCCACACAGAGGCCCGGGCCCGGGCCCCAUAGGCACCAUGCCACAGAGGCAGGCCCCGCUGGCCACCACAUCGCCACCGCAGCCCGCCCCUGCCCUGGCCCCGGCUGCUGCUGCUGCUGCUGCUGCUGCUCCUGCCCAGCCUGCCCAGCCCUCUCAGCUGGAUAAGGUGCUGCAAAUGUUGGGCACGCGGCUACCUAACAAAACAAGGUCGGAGUUGACCUCGGCGCUGCAGCAGAUCAAGUCGGCGCGCGGCACGCUGGCGGGCAUGGCCAUGGAGGAGCUGUGCCAACAGGUGGCAGAGAGGCUGGAGCACGCACAGAAACCUGCCAUGAAGCCUAUUGGCCCUCCUCAGCAGUCUAAGAUGCAGCAGCCACCCCCUCAUGCGCUCCACCACGCCCCCCCUCAGCACCCCCACCUGAUGCAGGGCCUGCAGCCACCACCUCAGCGCACACAGUCGGUGCCCAGCUUCUGCCUGGUGUGUCAGGGCCAAGUAGACGAACACACGCAGCAUAAAAUGAGAUGCUCCCACGUUAUUCAUAAACAGUGUGUCCAUGUAUGGCUCCAGUCUGGAACGAAUAAGGAAUGUCCCAUUUGUCCCGAUUGAAGAAGAAAACACACACACACACACACACACACACACACACCUCAAAAUAGACACAGAAAUAUUCUCAGUGUGUCCCCUCUCCCCACAUCCUCCCUUGCGCUCAUGUGCGUACACGCACACACACACAC